AUGGCUGGCUUGAUCAAGAAGGCACAGGAGGUGCUGGGAGGUGCAGCAUCGUCUGCAUCGUCCGCAAUACCGUCAGAUGCCGAUGACUUCGCCGAUUUCGCGACAGCAGCAUCGCCAGUCGCACCCGGUCAUGCAGCAACAUCAGCCUUCAGCGAAGCAGCCGCAACAGCGUCUUCAAAGCCAAUGUUUCCCGGCUUCGGCGCAGGCCAGGGCAUGGCAGGACGACCUUACACAAAGUGGUAUCGAGUGUGGGAGCGCGUGACAAUCGCCGACUUCUACCAGGAGAUGGUCAUCCUACCAGUGAUCCUUAUCAUCAUUCUGAUCAACAUGUGGGGCGCGGCAACCAACAAGCAGAAGGCGAGACAAUGGGCGCAGACACACCUACCACUGCUCGAAUCGGAAUUCGCGUCGCUAGGCUUCAACCCGAAGAAGGAGUCGCGACCGACGGGCACCCCAGGCAUUCCCGACGAUUUCUACAAGGAGAAGAGCAAGUUUGAGUGGAUCUCCUACGCGACAGGACGACAGAAUGUCGCGUGGCUGGACAUUAAGCUUACCCUCCACAAGCGUUACAACCCCGUGGUUUGGGGCUUUGAGUAUGCUGCGUCCUUCUUCUUUGAAAGCAUGCCCGCGCCUGUCGAGAGACUUGAGGCUACUGCGUAUGCUUUCGACGGCAAGGAGAAGGAGCUUAUCCCCUCCGCUUCAUCCAAAGACAGCAAGUACGAUGGGUUUGUCUGGGCUGUGGUGCACAAGGACAAGAUGAAGCAGCUUCGCGAUGACCGCUACGAUGUUAGCUUGACCUCGACCAAGGACCAUCCGAAGCUACCUCAGUGGGCGACUGUCAUGUCGGAGAGUGCUGAAGUGACUGAGGCAAUGCUUACACCAGAGCUGAUCAAGGCUGUAACUGAGGCUGGUGAGGAUCUUGAGGCUCUGAUUGUGUCUGAUCAACCAAUCGAUGCGCCUAAGAAAUUGAACGACACGAUGCCUAAGAAGCGCGUCUCGCUCUCAAUGCGCCUCGACUCGAAGCCAGACAGCACCGCACUUUUUGCAUACUUCCUUCGCAUGCCCGACCACCUCGUAAACAGCGCCCAUUUCCGACCCGAAGCCAUGCGCAAGAUCCGAGCGACCCGUGAGGAGGAGCAGCGCAAGCUCAGGAAGAUCCAUGAAGAUGAGAAGGCAGAGGAGAGGAGAACACAAAGUGAUAAGCUCAAGAAGGAGGAGCGUGACAGGAAGCUGAGCAGAAUGUCUGCGGAUGAGCAGAAGAAGUUCUUGGAGAAGGAAAAGGACAAGCAGCAGAGGAAGGGCAUGAAGAAGCAGACACAGCGGGCUUAG